CCAUGGUCGGGCAUUGGGCACAUGGCUGGUUGCGGACUUGCGUUUCGUACGAAGGGCCGUGUGUCCAUGGGACGCUCCCACAUGGUCGAGCUGAAUCCGCGUUUCAAUACACAAAUAAUGUCUGCCGCAGCAAAGUUUUUGUGAUGAAAACAAAAAUAACAGAUCCUUCCCCUCUUAUGAGAACAACAGCUCAACUGAACUGAACUGUCUUCUUCACGCCCAUCCAUUCCAUUUCUUUCAUCCAGGUUUCUACCUCUAUUGCUCUGCUCUUCUGUAAUUUCAAUUCCAUUUUAGCUUCUUUCUAUUAGUUCUUGAAGUUGGGAGCUUUGGUUUUCUUGAAGUUGGGAACUUUAGUUUUCUGAAGUUCUGAAGAAGUUAAACCCCCCUGAAGUUGUUUCUAACUACCUGUUUGAGUAACUCGAGAAAGGAAAUGGAAUAUUUUGAAGAAGCACUUCUAUAGUUGUCAAGGCUAAAGAUGCAAAGGGUAAGAGUAUCAUCUGAACAAUCUCCAGUACAUAAAUUGGGGGAUUCCAAUAUGACAUUGUCCCCCAAAUUCAGGAUAGCCAAACUAGGAUCCUCUCUGCUAGAUAAUUCCUCUAGGGACAAUGAAUUGGCUAUGAAGGGAGAAGCCCUGGUUCCUGGACUCCCAGAUGACUUGGCUCUCAAUUGCCUCCUCCGGAUCCCAGUUGACAACCAUCUUUCCUGUAGGGCCGUUAGUAAGCGAUGGUAUUUGCUCUUCGGCCACAAGGACAGGUUUUUCUCUAGGAGAAAAGAACUCUCCUUUCACGACCCGUGGCUUUUCGUUAUGGCCUUUCACAAACACACUGCCAAAAUCCAAUGGAAGGUGCUCGACCUAACCAACUUUUCUUGGCAUACAAUCCCGUCUAUGCCAUGCAAAGAAAACGCUGCCGCACAUGGCUUCCGUUGUGUCUCCCUUCCCCAUGAUGGUGUGAUGUUUGUUUGUGGUGGAUUGGUCUCAGAUACAGAUCAUCCGCUUAACUUGGUACUCCGAUACGAGCUCCAGACUAACCGUUGGACCGUCAUGAAAAGUAUGAUCACCCCACGCUCCUUUUUCGGAAUCGGACUUAUCAAUGGGAUGAUAUAUGUCGCUGGUGGAAAUGGAGCGGAGCUAUUCGAGCUCAACUCAGCCGAAGUCCUAAACCCUAAUAACGGGACAUGGAAACCUGUUUCGAGCAUAGGAAUGUAUCUUUCCUCAUACGAUUCAGCCGUUAUGAAUGGGAAGCUUUUCAUAACGGAAGGAUGGUUUUGGCCUUUUUAUGUUGUUCCUAUGGGACAAGCAUAUGACCCGAAAACCGAUACUUGGGAGAGUGUACCUUGUGGACUUAGAGAAGGUUGGACCGGUUCGAGUGUUGUGAUCGAAGGUCACCUGUUUGUUGUUACGGAACAUGAAAAAGCAAAAGUUAAGGUAUACUACUUUGAGACAGAUACUUGGGAAACGGUCGAUGGGCUUCCAUUGCCAGAGCAGAUAUACAAACCCUUCUGUGUCAGUUGUUACGACAAUAGGAUAAUCGUUGUAGGUCAUAACCUUAAGGUUGCCAUCGGACUUAUUAUGAAGCAACUUAAGGAUUGUGGUAAAGAGUUUUGCUUCAGUGUUCAAUGGCAAGUUAAGGAUGAAACACCCGACAGCCUAUCUGAAUUAUCACCAUCAAGUGCACAGGUUCUCUUUGGUUAGGUCCGUUUGGUUCUGGUUAAUUUAGCUUCUUAUGCUUAUCAACUGGGUAAGUAGCUUCUGACUUGUAUUAAAAGGAUAUUAUCAUUUUUCCUUUCAGAAAAGUCAGAUUAAGCCAUUCCAAUCAAAGCAUCAUCUAUUUAUAUAUACUUGGGUUUUCUUGCAUUCAGGUAAACGAUGUUUAACUUCAAAGAGGGGUGAAAAUUGAAAUGAUGACCAAAAUAUUAUACCUAGAGUUUUAACUGUAAAAGAAAACUGGUCUUUUAAAUAUUUCGAUAAUACUGACUAAAGUUCAGUAGCACUUUAUAAUUUGUGUACUAUACGACACUUUUUAGAUUAUUAUUGACAAGUGAUAAUUUAAAGAGCUCAAUUAAUGUUCGUA